ACAAAGCUCUCAAUGUAUUUUGUGAAAUUGUUUUUUACCUUUUCCAGAACUCAAAGCGAAAAAAGAAAGAUCAUAAUAUAAGCGAUACUGAUGAAAGUAUGUCAGACGAUUGCAUGGAGCUACCAUCAGUCGCAAACAGUGUUACAGCUAAGAAGCUAUCCGAGAUUGGUGAAGGAAUUGCGCGAUAAUGCCACAGAUGGUGUCUACGUAGAUCUUGAUUCGGUCUUUUUUGUCCCUAAAUACCAAACAAAGUACAAAUUUCGGAAACAUUGGUUGUAAAAAUGGGUCGACAACGUGUACCAAAAAUUUUUGACAUGCUUUCAACUCUCGAAGCAUGUUCUAAACGACGAAUCAAUCAGCGAAUACCAAUAUC